GCCAUUGUCACAUUGGUUCCUUUGCAGGCGCGGAAUUGCAUUGGGAAGUUGAAUACAAAAAGUGGCGGGGGAGAGUUUUUGGAUAUGAUUGUAAACCGAAGAUUACUACACUUGUUUGCACUUAAUCAUUCUAAGGAUGCAAGUUCGCUCUGGAAAUGUGCAAGUGCCCAUGGCAGAAAGGGAGUCAUCGGAUCUCUCUUUGUCCCGUACUCGGCAAGAAGUAAAGAAGUUGUAUAGCAUGCUGUGCUGCUCUAAAUGUGACAGCAUCCUAAAAGGGCCGGUUUGUUUAGGAGGCUGUGAGCACAUUUUCUGCACGGCCUGUGUGGGAGAUAGCUUGGGAAGUGAUUGUCCUGUGUGUCACACCCCGGCCUGGGUCAAGGAUGUACAGGUGAACCGCCAGCUGGAGGACACUAUCCUGCUGUUUCAGAAGCUGCAAGGACUACUAAACAUUGAGGAACAGAAGCACUCCAAUUCAAAGUCACACGAACCCACAGAAAAAAAGCAUUUGCAUUUAAUUAACAGCAAGAAGAAACAAAUGAAAAUGUGGUUUAGUCCUCGGCGUAAAAGUUGGAGGUAUGUUUUGGAAUCGGCUGCAACUAGGGAAGGCUGCAGAGAACAGAAGAAAGGAAAUGCCGUGAAAACCAACACAGCUACUGGUCAGGCUUCGACUUCCAUUUAUGAAUUUCCACUAUCCCAGUCAGAUUCUCCAGUAAGAAAGCCAAAGGCCAAACGCAAGCAAAGCAAAAAGAAAAAAUUGGAAGACAUCAAUCGGAAAUGGGGUUUUGGAAAAGAUAAAAGGAAGACAAGAAUGCAGGAAGCUUCCAAAGAAGUCAUCCCAGAGAAGGUUGUAACAUUCUGUAACCAAACUGAAGUGCUUUGUAGUCCAAUAAAUAAGAGUGAAAUGAAUUCAGCAUUCUCAGAACUUCCUAGAAUUACUGAAGGUCCUGAACUUCCUGAAAAGUCCAGUAUUUCUCCAGGCAAGAGUUGUGAUUUAGCUACCAUGGGUAUAGCUAACGGAUCUGUUGAUAAUGAUGACAGUGCAGUGUCUUCCAAAAUUACAACUGCUUUGCAGGUGGAGAAACCCAUGAAGACCACUUCUGGGGAAGACUUUUGUGACAAAAAAACAUUUUACGCAGCAUUUAGUGUUAAUCAGGAUAGCACUACUGAAGGUUCUCCAAUGAGUUCUUUCCCUGAAAAUAGUUCUCUCCUUGGUGAAAAUUGCACUCAAAAACGCCCUCUACAAACAAGUGACUCCUUUAAAAAAACAUGCAAACGAGCAAGAAAAACUUCAGGCAAGAGUUGUGAUUUAGAAAUGGAUUCCUUGGCUAUACAUACUAUGGAUGAUAAGACAAUGCCUUCUGAAUCUGCAGCUGCUUCGGAACCUACAGCCUUUGUGGAGACAACCAUUUCACGGCCACUGAACUCCAGGAAUGCUACUUCUACUGAAAGCUGUUCUGAUAUGAAGCCAGUUUCUACAAAAUUUAGAGCUGAUCAGGAUAAAUGUACUGGAGGCUAUUUACCUGAAAAUAGUUCUGUUCUUGAUGAGCACUGCACCCCAAAACAUCCUGUACAGCCAAGUAACUCCUUUAACAAGACACCCAAGCAAGCAAGAAAAACUUCUUCAGGCAAGGGUUGUGACUUAAAAAUGGAUUCCUUGGCUGUACCCAUGGUUACUAAUAAUGACAACAAAAUAAUCUCUACCGAGUUGGUGGUGGUUUCAGAUCCUAGAAUUUCUGUGGAGGCAACUGUUUCACAGCCAGACAACUCCAUGAGCACUCUUCCUACAGAAAACAUUUCUGACCCAAAAAUAGUUUCUACAUCAUUUAAUAAUGAUCAGGACAAACUUACUGGAAGCUCAGAUAUGUAUUCUUUUGCUGAAAACAGUUCUUGUCUUAGUGAACAUUGUACCCCAAAACGUCCUUUACGUUCAAGUCAUUUUACAUCCAAACGAGGAAGAAAAACGAGAGCUAGUGUGGAAUGUUCAGAAGUUCAAGGUUUAUCAUCUGAGAAGAAGGUUCCCAAUGUUUCCCCAGCUGAAUCCUCUAAUCUUCAGACAUCACUGCCACUGGAGAGUUCUGCUCAAAAUGGAGUGAAUGAUAACAUAAGCGUUUCACCUUCUCUUGAUGUGUCCUAUAAUAGUCCUUCUAUAAAAACAAAGGGUACCAGUUUGCUUCAGAAGUCUUCUGUUACUUCAGUAUCGACACCUAAAAGGCGCUCAAGCACUGGUUCAGUAAACAGUCCUACAAGUCUGAAAUCUCCUGGUACACCAUCUGCCAUGAAGAAGAACCACAAGGGAGAGACUCCGCUCCACAUUGCUGCAAUAAAGGGUGAUAUAGCUACUGUUGAACUGUUAAUGCAGAGUGGAGUGGACGCUAAUGCUAAAGACAAUGCUGGAUGGACACCACUGCAUGAAGCCUGUAACCAUGGGCACUUAAAGGUUGUUGAAAUCCUAUUGAAACAUGGUGCUCUGAUGAAUACCACUGGAUACCAAAAUGACUCUCCACUUCACGAUGCUGUGAAGAACGGACACAAAGAUAUUGCUCGACUGUUGCUGUCCCAUGGUGCCUCCCGUGAAGCUGUUAACAUAUUUGGCCUGCGCCCCAUUGACUAUGCGGAGACAGAUGAGAUGAAGUCUAUUUUACAGUCUUUGCCACAGAGGAAACUUCCUGAGACUGCACAGUGCCCUGUCACAGUGCAGGUCCAAAGUGGCCGUUACCGGGAGGGUCCCAUGGUGUUUCUGAAUUCUGGGCUGAGUAAUGUUCAGCAGAAGCAGGUCAGCAAGCUAGUAACACUUCUAAAAGCUGGAAAGAGCAAGGAAUUUGGCAAGUCAGUGACUCACAUCAUUGUUCCAAAUGAAUCCGAGGUUAAUGCCAUGUCUUGUUUGCUAGGAAUUCUGGCUGGACUGUGGAUUUUAAAGUUCCAGUGGGUAGAAGCUUGUCUGGGUUGUAAAGGACGUGCCAUGGAAGAAGAAUAUGAGGUCACACCAGGUGUUCAACGUGGCAGACUUAACCAGGAGCAGUUGCUGCCAAAGUUAUUUGAUGGCUGUUACUUUUUCUUCAUGGGAUCCUUCAAGAAGCACUCAAAAGAUGACCUUGUUCAGCUUAUUAAAGCUGGUGGUGGACAGAUUUUGCACCGGCAGCCAAAACCAGAAAGUGACGUGACUCAAACAAUAAACACAGUAGCAUAUCAUGCAGAUCCAGACUCUGACCAAAGCUACUGUACACAGUACAUCAUCUAUGACAAAUUGUCCAAUUAUGCCCCAGAAAAAGUGCGUCAGGGCAAGGUCUGGACUGCACCCUCAAGUUGGAUUAUUGACUGUGUGACAUCAUUUCAGUUGCUUCCUGUUCACCGCUAAAUGGCAUGAAAGAAAGUGGUCACAGUAGCAUGUACUCCACCCUGUUCUCAUUAAGUGAUUAGCGAAAAUAUUUGCCAUCAUGUCUAAAGCUGUUGUGCUAUAAACACACAAGAUUUUACAAAAAAGAGAUAUUACCAUGUUUGAUGCUGGGUGAGUUGCUAAAUACACCAUUGAUGGCUGAAAUGUGAACCUGCUGAUGCACAGCGUCUACAUUCAGAUCUUUUUUUUCCCAGAAUGUGAAUCAAAAUGGUCAUAUUUUCUAUGGCAUUGUGCAGAUUUUUAUUAUUUGUACAUUACUUAUAUGCAUUAUUUAGCUAAUGGUUGCACACAAGACCUGCAGAUUGGGUAUAUCAGAAUUUCCUGUUUAAUUGCUGAAUCGUAGGAGUCUUAGCUUAGUCAUCUAAUCAGCAUCUUUUCUGUGCAGGAUGGCCCUGGCUGAGGUGGUUAUUCUUCCUUAUGGAGAGGCUCAAGACAGUCCAUCUUGGAUGCCCCCUGGAUUUCUCCCUCAUCCUCCCUAUGCAGAGAGAGAAAGAGGGGUGAAAUGGGAUUAGCACUGGACUAAAGGAGCACCGGUCACUUAGCCAUUCAUGUCCUGGUACUAAUGACCAUGCCUGUGGACAGCAUGCUGUGACUCCAGUCCUCUCUUGCAGCUGACAUUGUGGGAGUUUUGUCUGAUUAGGUUCUUGUCGAAGUAGGACACCACAGAAAGUGGCUUGUUUGCCACAUAGGAAAGUGUGGUCCCACUCCCUUUUAUUCUGAACAACAGGACAGGAGAGAGCGGCAGAUACAUUCCCUGUCAUGUUUAGGAAGAUUCAUGUAUGCCUUCAUUCUUUAAUGAUUCUAUGGCUAAUUGAAAAAUCCAUAGAAAAUAAGAGCCAUGUACUCAUCAAUCUUUGGUGACCCAAGGAGUAUUAAAAUUUCAUGUUCCAGUUAACUCCUUUUUUGCAGGCCAUGAAUGUCCUUUACAGUUGUGGAUACAAGGUUAACCUCAGAGUGUGGUUGUGGCUCUAAUAUACUGAUCCUGCAAGAUCCCCCAUCUGUAGUAUCAAAGGUAGUUGAAGUCACCCUCCCCAUUGGAAAAUAUUUUUCCAAGUUUUUUCCAUAUGCUGUAUGGAAAGAUUUUGUGCUGCUUCAGUCAUUCAGUAUGCAAACGCUACUGACUUUUCAGGAAGUUGUAUGAUCUGUGCCUUGGCUGUUUUGUGGUCAGAGUGCAUGUGAAAGUUAUUUCUGCAAACAUGAAGUUGAGAAAGACAAGACUGGUAGGCCAACAUCAGCUGAUCUGGUAUCCUGCAAAAAGAGUUCCAUGUUUUUCUCCACUUAAGAACCUCUAGCUCAGUUUCAUAACUGACAGGUUUACCCAUUCACUUUUCAAUCUUGUUGGUUUUAUAACUGUGUCGGUUGUAUUUAGAAAUAUAUUUUUGUAGGUUUUAUAACUGUAUAGGUUGUUUAGAAACGUGUUUCUGGUAGCCAUCACUUGUGCUCACAACAUCUGAGAACUUCAUACCCUUAUUUGGAGGGAACCAUAUUUGGUGUGUACAAGUAUUGGAUGUCCCUUUAAACUAAUCUAUGUUUCUUGUCAAAAGUGUUGUCAGAAUUGCAUUUUAAACCUUAUUUGAGUGCAGAAACUAAAAAGUGUGUGUGUGUGGGGGGGGGGGGGAGGGGGGGGCUUCACACCCAAUGUAUGCAGUGACAAUUUAUGCUCUGCUUGUGAUUAGGAAGACUGCUUUAUACCCCUUUGCUCGAUGGAGGAAAGAGAAGGCAAUUGCCAAGCAAUUCUUCUCUUAAGUGGAUUGCUAGCAGUAUUUUGUUUGGACUGGGUAGCUAACCUUCCAUCAGAAAAUGCUACUGCUGUUACACUCAACCAAGUGGCAUGGCAGCUUCCAUUGCUGGUUUUUCACGACUGUGUCCAUUGCAAAUAACCAGUUCAGUUAUCAGUUCACACAUUCACAAAGUUCUGAUUUAUGGAGUGAGACUCCAGGAAUUAUCUUCCUUUAGUUUCUUGACACAGCAGAUUUGCUUUCUGAACCUUUCACUUUUGUCCUCUUUCCAGCGUAUUCCUUGUAGGGGGCUUUAAUACUGCUUAUCUAUUAAUCUAUGAAGGGAUACUCCUGCCAGCCCCUUUGUGCCUGUGGGUUCUCCCUUCAUCCAUCCAUUGCUGCAAAGUUCCUUGUAAAUUAGGCGAGUAUAUAUUUGGGUACUAGUUGGAAUUCUUUACUUUGCAAUUAUUUAUCUUACGGCUUUGAAAUAUUUAUGAAUGUUGGAGAAAAUAUAUAUACUGAGUUACAAGUUGGAGUAGCUCUGAAUAUUCCCUGUGUUUUUAGGUAUAGCAGCCUCCAAGUUAAUAUGUAUAGUUAGUAGGGAAGAGAUAAAAAGGGCAUUCCCCCCAAAAAAAAAUUGUGGGAUGUGCAGGGGAAUUCCCCUGCAAAAACACAGUAGUAAUGGUUUAUAAGUUUCAUUAUCUCCCAAUUUGGAGAUCAGAUUUAUUUUUUACCAGUGUUGGGCUUGCAUUUGUAAACAUAAGUAUAGCUAUGCAUUGGUUUGUCCUUCUAUAUUUUAGGUUUCGUUCAUUGUUUGUCUUGAUUUACAUGAACUUGCUUGUUUAUCUUCUAGGUGAAUGUCUGGUCUUAGGGCCGGUAAACUUUCCUGUUGUGUCUGAUGUCAUGACAUACAUUGGCUGAAUGAACAUGGGCACUCGCAUCCCCAAAUAUGGCAGCUUCACAAAAUAAAAACCAUAUUGUGAUGGGAAAAGACUCUCCCCAUCAUGAAUCCACAAAAGAGGGUCCCGUCACAGAUCAACUGAUACUGUAAAAUGUAGCUGUUGGAGCCAAGCCUUUGUGAACCUCAUGUAUCUUGUUUUGACAUAUUUAUGCUGGUCUUCCCUUAAACAAUUUCCUGCCUGAUUAACAAUACAUUUUAGCAGACGCUGCUGUUUUUUUUUCUUCCUCAUAUUAAAAUGUUCAAUUCUAUAUGUAGGGAGAUGAACCUGUUGUGCUUUUUACUGGUUCUUGUAUCAUUAAAAGUAUUAGGGCAGUAGUUUUAUUUUUUCAUCUCAAUAUAUCAUGGCAACAUAAGCAUAGUUUUCAAAAUGAAAUAGAUUUUCAUGCUGUUUAUCACCUCAACUGCUUUAAUAUUGCUAGACUAAAUAUGCAAUGAAAGAAUUACAAGCAAUUGAUGGCAGACAGUCCUUAGAGCAUAUUUGUUAAUUACUGUACCCAUCUGGGAUGGGGCAACAGCAUACGUAUGAAAAGAUAGCACUUAUUUUUUCCAUCACUCAUAUUUGCUGAAUAAAUCAAAAUUAGCUUAGCCAUUUCAAUGUAUUUUAUAUGUCAGAAUUUCUUUAUUUUAAUUGUUGUAAAUUCAGGAA